AUGCCGACCUAUCGUAUUGGUGAGUGGACAUUUAUCAUUUCUAUCUCGAUACUUGAACUGUUUGGUUUCAAGCUAUAUGCGACGCGCCGUGACGCGACCCCAAAUUGCCAUACUAACAUCGAGUCACCACUAGAGCUGGCCAGUACUGGCAGGGCAGGCUGCAAGAAUAAAGAAUGCCAGGAGAAAAAAGAGAAGAUUCUCAAGGGAGAGCUGAGACUGGGUACCUUCGUUGACACCGAGCAGUUCCAAAGUUGGGCGUGGAAGCAUUGGGGCUGUGUCACUCCGAGACAAAUUGCAAGUAUCCAGGAGAUUGUUGAUGAGAAUGGAGACCGUGACAUGACGCUCCUGGAUGGCUACGACGAGAUCCCAGCCGAGAGCCAGAAGAAAGUCGCCGAUGCCGUUGAACAAGGCCACGUCGAUGAUGAGGACUGGAAGGGUGACGUGGAGGUGAACCGGCCCGGGAAGAUCGGGUUUCGAGUGAGAGCAUCCAAGAAGAAGAACCAAAAGGAUGAUGAAGAUGAUAAUGAAGAGGACAAAAAGAAGAAGGGUGACAAGACGAAAAAGACGCCCAAGCAGCAGAAAGCCAAAAAAAGGGAGAUGGAUGAAGCUGAUGACGUCGAGGAGCCAGCCACUAAAAGGGCGAAAACAACUGCCAAAGCAGGUACGAAAAAGGCCAAGGUAGAGAAGGCCAAACCACAGGAUGACGCAGAACCUGAGGUAGAGGAAGAAGUCAAGGACGAGGCAGCAGAAGAGAAAAAGCCUAGAAAGUCCAAAGCCAAGGAGGAGAAGAAAGCUGUUGCUAAAGACGACAAGAAAAAGGAGGGAAAGAAGGUCAAGGGGAAGGAGGAGGAGGAGAAGGAGAAGGAGACGAAGGCAAAGGCAAAGGCGAAGAAAGAUGAUACCAAAGCCACCAAGGAGAAAAGGGAGACUGUGAGGAAGGAUACCAAGGAAAAGGCGAAGAAAGAGACUAAGUCGAAAAAGGAUGCGAAAGAAGAGGAAAAGCCAGAGAUGAAAGAGAAGAAGCCAGCUGCAAAGACAUCGAAACAGACGGCGGACAAGGAUGCACCAACCCGUCGAACGAGCGGAAGGGUGACACGCUCUAGAGGCACUACUACCUAA